GGUGGCUGGCCCGAGCUUCCGGGUUGGGUGCGCGUCUUCCUGCGGCUAAGAUGGCGACCGAUCUUCCCGAGCCUCCGAAAACCGAGUUGCAGCUGCCUCCGCCUCCACCUCCUGGGCAUUAUGGCGCCUGGGCUGCCCAGGAGCUUCAGGCCAAGUUGGCAGAGAUCGGAGCUCCGAUCCAGGGGAGUCGCGAGGAGCUGGUGGAGCGGCUGCAGACCUACACCCGUCAGACUGGCAUCGUGCUGAAUCGGCCGGUUUUGAGAGGGGAAGAUGGGGACAAAGCUGCUCCCCCUCCCAUGUCAGCACAGCUCUCUGGGAUUCCCAUGCCACCACCACCCAUGGGACUACCCCCUCUGCAACCACCUCCACCACCCCCACCACCUCCACCAGGCCUUGGCCUUGGCUUUCCUAUGGCCCACCCACCAAAUUUGGGGCCCCCACCUCCUCUCCGAGUGGGUGAGCCUGUGGCACUGUCAGAGGAAGAGCGGCUGAAGCUGGCACAGCAACAGGCAGCAUUGCUGAUGCAGCAAGAGGAGCGUGCCAAGCAGCAGGGAGAUCAUUCGCUAAAGGAACAUGAGCUUUUGGAGCAGCAGAAGCGGGCAGCUGUGUUACUGGAGCAGGAACGGCAGCAGGAAAUAGCCAAGAUGGGCACCCCUGUCCCUCGGCCCCCACAAGACAUGAGCCAGAUUGGUGUGCGUACUCCUCUGGGUCCUCGAGUAGCUGCACCAGUGGGUCCAGUGGGCCCUACUCCCACUGUUUUGCCCAUGGGAGCACCUGUUCCUCGGCCUCGUGGUCCCCCACCACCCCCUGGAGACGAGAACAGAGAGGUGAGACACUGCAGGGGACAGCUUGAGAAAAACCGGAAGCGUCGGAACCGAAAGAAGAAGAAAAAGCCCCAGCGGGUGCGGGGAGUGUCAUCUGAGAGCUCUGGGGACCGAGAGAAAGAUGCAGCUCGGUCUCGGAGCUCUGACUCCCCAGCUGCUGAUGUUGAGAUUGAGUAUGUGACUGAAGAACCUGAAAUUUAUGAGCCCAACUUCAUCUUCUUCAAGAGAAUCUUUGAGGCUUUUAAGCUGACUGAUGACGUGAAGAAGGAGAAAGAGAAGGAGCCAGAGAAACUUGACAAACUGGAGAAUUCUGCUGCCCCCAAGAAGAAGGGCUUCGAGGAGGAGCACAAGGACAGUGAUGAUGACAGCAGUGACGAUGAACAGGAAAAGAAGCCAGAAGCACCUAAACUGUCUAAGAAGAAACUGCGCCGGAUGAAUCGAUUCACGGUGGCUGAACUCAAGCAGCUGGUAGCUCGACCUGAUGUUGUGGAGAUGCAUGAUGUGACAGCCCAGGACCCUAAGCUGUUGGUUCACCUCAAGGCCACUCGGAACUCUGUGCCUGUGCCACGCCACUGGUGUUUUAAACGCAAGUACCUGCAGGGUAAACGGGGCAUUGAGAAGCCCCCCUUUGAGCUACCAGACUUCAUCAAACGCACAGGCAUCCAGGAGAUGCGGGAGGCCCUGCAGGAAAAGGAAGAACAGAAGACCAUGAAGUCAAAAAUGCGAGAAAAGGUUCGGCCCAAGAUGGGCAAGAUUGAUAUUGACUACCAGAAACUACAUGAUGCCUUCUUCAAGUGGCAGACCAAGCCGAAGCUGACCAUCCAUGGGGACCUAUAUUACGAGGGCAAAGAAUUUGAGACGCGACUGAAGGAGAAGAAGCCUGGAGAUCUGUCUGAUGAGCUAAGAAUUUCCUUGGGGAUGCCAGUAGGACCAAAUGCACACAAGGUCCCUCCCCCGUGGCUGAUUGCCAUGCAGCGAUAUGGACCACCCCCGUCGUACCCCAAUCUGAAAAUCCCUGGCCUGAACUCACCCAUCCCUGAGAGCUGUUCCUUUGGAUAUCAUGCUGGUGGCUGGGGCAAACCCCCUGUAGAUGAGACUGGGAAACCACUCUAUGGGGAUGUGUUUGGAACCAAUGCUGCUGAAUUUCAGACCAAGACUGAAGAAGAAGAGAUUGAUCGGACCCCUUGGGGGGAACUGGAACCGUCUGAUGAGGAGUCUUCAGAAGAAGAAGAAGAGGAGGAAAGUGAUGAAGACAAACCAGAUGAGACAGGCUUUAUUACCCCUGCAGACAGUGGCCUCAUCACUCCUGGAGGUUUCUCUUCAGUCCCAGCUGGAAUGGAGACCCCUGAACUCAUUGAGCUGAGGAAGAAGAAGAUUGAGGAGGCCAUGGAUGGAAGUGAGACACCACAGCUCUUCACUGUGUUGCCGGAGAAGAGAACAGCCACUGUUGGAGGAGCUAUGAUGGGAUCAACUCACAUUUACGACAUGUCCACGGUUAUGAGCCGGAAGGGCCCAGCCCCUGAGCUGCAAGGUGUGGAAGUGGCCUUGGCCCCUGAGGAGUUGGAGUUGGACCCCAUGGCCAUGACCCAGAAGUACGAGGAGCAUGUACGGGAGCAGCAGGCACAAGUGGAGAAGGAAGACUUCAGCGACAUGGUGGCUGAGCACGCUGCCAAGCAGAAGCAAAAGAAACGGAAAGCCCAGCCCCAGGACAGCCGCGGAGGCAGCAAGAAAUACAAGGAGUUCAAAUUUUAGGUCCCGACACCCACUUGGCCCUCUUGUAGGCCCUUUGAUUGGAUGUGGCUUCACAGAUGGGUCCCCAAGAGCCACCUUUCUGCAGUUCCCAAGAGCUUGUUAUUUCAUGUUAUUUUAGACCUGUUUUGUAAAUAAAACUGUUUGCCAAGGAAGGAGACGAAUAU